UCUCUCCCGCACCACCCUCAUACGAUGAAAACUUUUGGAGACUCGCCCACGCCGGUCACCAGGAGUGAUAAACCGCUUCACCUUUCCUUCAUCAUCAGCCCUGUUAUAAGGAAAAGAGCAAGGAACACCACGUCGCACCGUGAGCCACUCCACAUUGAGCCCACGCACCCCCGGCGAAAAGCACACACGGAUUCCACGCCUGGACUAAGGAGAGAAACAACACGUUUCCACCACAAUCUACCAUGCUACGCCGAGCGGCACUCUUUCACAUUGAUUGGCUGUCGUUCCGUCCACGAUGCUUCUCAUUGGUCCUCUGUCAGCUCGGCCGAAGCCCCGCCCCCCGCCCCGCUCUCAGUUCAGCGGAGACUGAUAGCCUCUCGCCGGAGAUGAUGCCGAUCGUAGGACUGCCGUAGCAUCAGCACCGCGAUCUCCGCGGGAUGGACUCAGCGCUGAUUUAAAUGGAGAAACAGGACGAGUGUCCGGGAGAGACACUGCAAUGCCGUGGAGGUUGCAAUCCAGUCAUUUGAAAAAGAAAUAGAAUGAACAAAAAUGCCUCUGUUAUGUGUGGGGAUUCUCGUCACUUUCCUAUAACGCAACUCAUUGUCCCUAAAUGCCAAGGGUGACGCUGAAGAAGGAUGAUGCCAACCUUGCUAAUGGAAAGAAAGACUCUUAAAAUUCAAUGCAUUAAACACAAGUAAAUGCAACAUAAUGCCUUCAAAGGUUUCCUGCUUAUAUGUUCUGACAGUUGUGUGCUGGGCAAGCGCUCUCUGGUACUUGAGUAUCUCUCGCCCAUCAACCUCCUACGUGGGCCAGCUGUCAGUACCAAUACGGAAGGUGGCAAGACAGAAGAACAUCACCUUUAGCAACAUCCGGACGCGGCCUUUGAACCCGCAUGGAUUUGACUUCGUCAUCAAUGAGCCGAAGAAGUGUGAGGCAGAAGCUCCGUUCCUCGUCAUCCUCAUCAGCAGCACGCACAAGGAGUUUGACGCACGGCAGGCUAUCCGGGAGACCUGGGGGGACGAGAGUGUCCUGAGCGACAUCCGCAUUGUCACGCUCUUCCUGCUGGGCACCAACACUGACACAGUCCUCAACCAGAUGGUAGAACAGGAGAGCCAGAUCUUUCAUGACAUUGUGGUGGAGGACUUCAUCGACUCCUACCACAACCUUACCCUCAAGACCCUCAUGGGCAUGCGCUGGGUGGCCACUUACUGCCCCAAGGCCAAGUAUGUCAUGAAGACAGAUAGCGACAUCUUCGUGAACAUGGACAACCUGGUCUACAAGCUGCUAAAGCCAACCACGAAGCCCAGGAGGAGGUACUUCACUGGAUACGUGAUCAAUGGGGGCCCGAUCCGGGACGUGCGCAGCAAGUGGUACAUGUCCCGGGACCUGUACCCCGAGAGUAAGUACCCUCCUUUCUGCUCUGGAACUGGUUACGUCUUCUCGGCCGAUGUGGCCGAGCUCAUCUACAAGACAUCGCUCCACACGCGGCUGCUGCACCUGGAGGACGUGUAUGUGGGGGUGUGCCUGCGCAAGCUGGGCAUCCACCCAUUCCAGAACAGUGGCUUCAACCACUGGAAGAUGGCCUACAGCCUCUGCCGCUACCGCCGGGUCAUCACCGUUCACCAGAUCUCGCCUGACGAAAUGCAUAGGGUCUGGAAUGACAUGUCCAGCAAGAAGCACCUAAGAUGUUAACGGCACCCGAGGACACGGCUGAACUCUUUUCUCCCUCUCGAUUUUUUAUUUAUUUAACAGUAUCAGCGGAAGCCAGAUGGAUUUUUUUUUUCAUAGAAAAUACAUCACAGUGCAAUUUUUUUUGUUCCCUACAGUAAAACUGCUGAAGAGUGCAUGCGGCUUUGGAGGUCGCAGGGUCGCACUUAAAGAACCGCCACAGCCAAAUUGUGCAUUCUCUGUUAUUUGUGCUGUGACGUACAAACAAUCAGGUAUUAACACACAAUCAUAGUUGGAAAGGUAUAUUGACUUCAAGGGCACACUGCACUCUUAUUGGAAUUGCUCUUUUAUAACAGUCAUUUUCUUUGCUAUUUGCAGAAGGGAAGAACCCAGGGUACUCUGUAAAAAGUUUUAAAAAAAAAAAACACACAGAUAACUGUGUUAAGGCAAGGACGCAAACUGUGGUUCCACGGGUUAUUGUGAAACACGUCCGAACUGCUAAAGGAAAGUUUUAAAGCUCAGCACUCCCCCAAAACUGAACUGCGGCGAUGUUUCGGGACUGACUAGAAUCAGCGAAAAAUUCUGGGAAAAUUUUGGAACGUGUGUAAGGAACACAAUUCGUUGGGAAAAAUUUAUUUAUUUUAAAAUGUAACAAAUUGCAAAAAGCUAUUAAACCCCAUGUUUUUUAUUAUUUGAAGCUUUUUAUGCCAAAUACCGGUUGCUUCAAAGGACCAUUUGUAGCUUCGCUGGCACUUUCUUUUCACAGUGCAUUGAAGGGACUGCACUCUCCAGCAAAGAGAUUGUUGAUAUUUAAUGUGGUGAAUAACACAUCACGAAAUGUAGUGUACCAGUGUAUCCCACUAACACAGCGAACAGAGGCCACAUGGCCAGCGCCCAUUUAUUUCAUACCCAUAAUGAUCACAAUUGUUCGGAGUUAAGAAGUAAUUCUUGGGAGUCAAUUUAAACAUGUUGCUGGAGGUGUAAUGGAUAAAGAGCUUGGCCGGCAGUUUAGUGACGUCACUUUUGUACUUUACCCGAAAGGCUUCAUUUAUUACCCAGCUGUGUAUAAAACAACUGUAAAAUUGUCAUCUGCAAUGUACUUCGCUUUGGAUAAAAGCGUCUGCUAAGCAAGGUAGUGAUACGAAAAAAUGUGUCGAGCAAACAACAGUGAAACUUGAACUGCUUUUCUGUCGGGGGUUGCUGUAAAAUAAUUUCACAGAAGAUUUAUUUUGCAUUUUAGAUGUAUCGCAUUGUUUUCUCGAAAUCAGAAUUAUUUUCUUACGUUCUCAAAAACGGUUUCUCGCUUCAGAUCCGACUCCUAUUUGUAACAACUUUUAAAAGCCUUGCGAAUUUCGCAAAAGCCCACGUGUGUCAAUGGGAAUAUGUAUGAAGCUGUACAGAGUAUAAAUUGUAAUUAUUUACACUCUUAAAUGAAUGUAUUAUGUGUAGUAACGUAUCAAUCUGUACUCAGUCUCUUCUUCUGAAACGAUUGAAAAUAAAUAUAUUUUGUAUAACUUAAACCAGAUAGAGUGCAGUUUCAAUAGGUAAAGCACCUUCUGUUAGCCACAUUUAAGUUAAAGCUUACGUGUUUUUUCUUCCAUCAUUUUAAAAAGCUGUUGUGGUACUUUAUGUGCAGGCAUUGAUGAAAGCUAUCCUCUGUGGGAUUGUUGUA